CCACCGUCCGACUCCUCGUGUUCGCGGCUUGCAGCGACAUUCCUAUCCUCCUCCACCUUCUACAUAACAUCAUCGAUAUCGUUAAGAGAUGGCGUCUGUUAAGGCUGCGUUCUCCGUCUUCGUUGACGAGGCCACAGUGGCUGAGUCGUCGACGACUUUGAAAACAACUUCUACUAUCACCACGGCUACCUCCAUUACUACCAUAUCGUCUUCCUUCUCAGUCUUUCUCGAGCACGAGAAGGAGAACAUCGACCCCUUGACGGGUCUCCGCGUCAACGCCCCCGCGCCCAAGUCCAAGAAGCGCAAGGCUGUCCUCGCCUCCAAGGCAGCUCAGCCUUUGUUGGAGAACUUCAACCCCCUCAAGUCGAAGGCCGAUGGCGACACCAAGAAAUCGAAACCCAAGGCUGGGUCUAGCAAGAAGAAGACCACCAAGGCUCGGAAGCCCAAGGCCCGGUCCCGGUCCCCCUCCCUCCCCAUCCUCCAGGAGGACGAAGAAGAGCUGCCGCGAUCCCAGGCCGACAUUGAUUCGCGCUGCUACGAGCUCACUGUCCUGCCGCUCGCCGAUGUUAGCGAGGCGUACGAGGGUGGCUCGCCGUCGAAGAGGCGAGCUCUCCCCCCUUCCCCGGUUAAAAUGCAAAGGGAUAAAUCCCUCGAACCCGAAAUCAGCGAUACUUUCAUACCCUCCGCUCUCGACCUUGGCAUCAAGCCCCGCCUUCGGAGCACCUCGCCCGCCGCUGAGGCUCCCCAGACCUUCUCCACCCCUGAGAGGAAACAAAUCUAUUCGAACUUUACUUUCUCCUCGCCGUCGAAGUCCGCUGAGCGUUACCGGCGGGUGCGAGAGCGCAGCCUGUCCCCGGAGGAGGCCGAUACCCUCGAGUUAUAGGAGCCCGUCCUCGCUCCUCCUUCUAUCAUCAUUAUUCCUUUUCUCAAUUGCUUGUUGCCUAUGCCUAUCUUUUCGACCAACUCCGCUUCACGAUCUCGCACGUCCACUGUCACUCUUGUCAAUGCCACCCACGAUCGCACCGACUACGUUCCGGCUUCAAGACAUGACGUUUCGCUCUACCUCAUCGCAUCUAUCAUCAUCUUCUAUUCUACCUCGAUCUCGCUUAUGACUCGGACUCCGCCCUCGGUGGCACGCAUCUAUGGUUACGACCACUAGGCUCAAGGCCUGAAUCUCACGUCCCAUUAUCUCUCUUCCAUUUCUCUUUCUCUUGCUUGCACAUGCUCUCUCUCGCGUUGUCUCCUGUACAUUAUCUCCCUCCCUCUCCCAUUCUCCUUGAUGUACAUAGCCUCCCUCCCCCCCCUCAUGCAUAUUUUCCUCGCACUCACGCUCCUCUGCAUAUUUAUCCGCAUUGGCCUGACAUUCUCGUAGCUCGCACCGUAUAUCAUUAUGCGUGUAUGUUAUUGUAGUCUGUCUAGUGCGACGUCUCCUGUACAAUUCUAAUUUCUUGGGAAACUGAAGCUCUG